AAACACCUGGACGGCCUGUACACCAGGAGUGGGGGAGCUGUGGCCUUCCAGAUGUUCUUGGACUACCACUCCCAUCGUCCCCAGCCAGCAGGGUUGGCUUUCAUUGAACAGAGGGGUCCCCCCAACUGCCCACCGCCCCCCCAAAUGUCCCAGGAAGAGCCUCCCCCACAAGCAACACCCCCUCUUAAGCCGGAGGAGGGGGGUUCAAUCCAGAGGACCAGCGACUACUACCGCAUUGAUGCCAACCUGCCCAGCCGGUUCAACUACCCAGCCUGGUUUCGGGGUUACAGAAUGAAGGAGCGCAACCCCCUGUUCCGAACAACCAACAUGGACUAUGGCGGGAAACCACCGACGGUGCACGAAAUGCCGACCCACUACCACACCAGCUCGCACGCCUUCUCGGAUACGCUUGUCAAAUUUGGCAUGUAUAGGAACAACGGGAUCAACACCUCCCUGGAGAAAAGCGAUGUGACCGGCCCUGACAACUUUAUCACUCUCUUUGACACCUACAACUUCCACCCCAGUUACAGGACUGGCGGCCCGUCUGUUUGCGAGUAGCGCAACCCCGCAAUGUAGCCGCUGGCCAACUGAGCGUCCUAUAAACCUGGUUCCUGAGUGACAACACCAAUGCUUCCCCCCAAAUCACCACUCCUGAAGAAAGACGCUGUAGCGGUUGCCACUUUUAAGGGUCCCUUGGCUGCAAUGCGUACACCUUACACUGCGUCAUCCCAGAGGUAUCCUGUCUUACAGACUCUCACAAGGUUGCUCUGGAGUGAGUGGAUUGUACAUCGGGCAAACAACUAUACUUGCAGUAAAUAGAGUUAUUGUAUUUGAUGAAGGGCACCAUGUAACGAUAACAUUACCUGCCAUUAAAAUGUUGAGACUGGG